GGCUACAUAUUGUUCUUGUCUGGUUCUUUCGCACAGGAACUCAAUGCUCGGGGACGAAAGGCGGUUGACGUUGCGUUGAGACCAGCAUCUGCAAUGAACGACUUGCAUGAGACGAAAGACCAAGAAAUCGAAUCUAGCAGAUCGAAUGCCCGCCAGCUCUUGGAGGAAGAGAAUUCAGAGAGUUAUGCUUGCGAGAAGAGGAGGAGGACAGCAGGACACCAACGAUGCUGCCCAGUGUCGGAGGGGUCGAACACGGAAGAUUGUACUUGCGUACAAAGUGAGCAUGUGCUCGGUGCUAAGGUUACAAGCAUAACGAGGGAGAAGUUGCUGAUGUUGAAAGACCUUCAAGCUACCAACAAGCGGCUGCGGCAGGACGUGCUCUUCCUUUACCUCCAAGUGCAGUGGCUGAGACAAGUCCUCCACCAGCUCGACUCAGGAGGGUUGAAUCUUGAGCAGCCGGCAGCAGAAGGCGACACCUCCUCGUUGUCGUCUAACGACUGCGUUCAGUAGCUUUCUGCCCGUCCUCCAUGUCCCUUGCCGUGAAUCUCUCUCCCGCU